CUGGGUCAAUAAGGAGAAUCUAGUAUUUGUCCACACUCCAGGAUAGUAGGAGGCACUCACGCACCUUUGCUGCAAUCCGCCAUUAAACAAAAAAACAAGAAGAAGAAGAAGAAGAAGGAGUGCGCGCGCGAAAGUUUUGUAACAGCAAUGGCGUCCAAAGCAGGUCGUCGUGGCACCAAGCGCAAAGCGGAGGUUCAGUCAGAGGAGGACAAACCUUCCGUGGAGGAAAAGAAAGACAGAGCAGAGGGGGAGAGCCGCCAGGAAGGCCGAAGGGUGGUUAUUGAACACUGUAAGAGCUGACGAGUUUAUGGGCGUAAUGCUGAGGAGGUGAAAUGUGCCCUCCUGGCUGCCCACCCUGAAUUGAAUGUGGUUCUCAACCCCGAGAAACCCCGCAGGAACAGCUUCGAGAUCACUCUGCUGGAUGGAGGCAAAGAAACAUCUCUGUGGACUGGAAUAAAGAAGGGUCCACCUCGUAAGCUGAAGUUUCCUCAACCCGAUGUUGUAGUUGCGUCCCUACAGGAGGCUCUGAAGGCUGAGUAGAUGCCCAAUAAAGGAAUCCAGAAGACGCGGCCUAUGGAAGCAUAAUGACGAGGAGUGACCAAUGGGAUGUUCUCAGUCUGUCCUCUGAUGAUCCAAGCUUCAGCAGCUCACAUCUUGUGGAUACAUUGUGACACCUAGUGGAGCAUCUCUAAACCAAUACAUUUCUCAAAAGAAGAGUCCUACUGUUAUUAAACAUUUCUAAACGGGUUAUUGUGUCUUUAUAGGGUUAUAUCUCUCAAUAAAUUGUUUCUGGUUUUUCUUAGU